CACCAUUGUCGUGUUCUACGAAAGAACCGAAAAGUUUUGUCCAAAUUAUUGCAAUUAUCUCCGGCGCAAGCAAAGGCAAAUCCAGUAGCUUGUACGCCUCAACGAAACCACACUUUCGAUUUUGUUCUUAUUCUUUCACCUUUUUUUUUGCUGUUUUAAAGCACGAAAAUCUGCCGGAUAGUUUGUCUGAGUUCUUCUGGUUCAUUUGGACAACUCCAGGAGUUUCGAUGAAUCGUAGCUAUAAAUAUGAUCAGCGACCCAAGUUUAUAGCUGACCAUUUCACCAAAUUGGAUCAGGUAAUAUCCGCUCUGAGGGAAGCUGGACUUGAAUCCUCGAACUUGAUAUUGGGGAUUGACUUCACCAACAGCAAUGAAUGGACAGGAAGGUAUUCAUUCAAUAGAAGAAGUCUUCAUGCCAUUGGUAAUCGGACAAAUCCCUACGAGCAAGCUAUAUCCAUUAUAGGCCGUACAUUGUCCCCCUUUGAUGAAGAUAAUCUAAUACCUUGUUUCGGCUUUGGCGACGCAUCAACGCAUGACAAGUACGUAUUCAGCUUUUAUCCCGAUAACCAGCCUUGCCGUGGUUUUGAAGAUGUUCUGAAAAGAUACAGAGAGAUCGUUCCAUACCUGAAGUUGUCCGGUCCGACCUCAUUUGCGCCGGUGAUUGACGCAGCCAUAGAAAUAGUCGAGGAGAAUAGUAUGCAGUACCAUGUUCUUAUAAUCAUAGCGGAUGGACAGGUGACCAAGAACCCCAAUGUGCAGAGUGGUCGGCUUAGUCCUCAGGAAGAGGCUACAAUCAGUUCCAUAAUGGCGGCGAGCCAUUACCCUCUAUCGAUCAUCUUGGUUGGAGUAGGAGAUGGCCCUUGGGACACCAUGAAACAAUUUGAUGACAAUAUCCCUCGUCGUGAAUUUGAUAACUUCCAGUUUGUAAACUUCACGAAGAUAAUGUCAGAGCAGGCAGAUGCGGGGAAAAAGGAGACGGCCUUUGCGCUUGCAGCCCUCAUGGAGAUUCCGUUUCAGUACAAGGCCACAUUUAGCCUCCAGCCUGUUAGUGGAGGAGGAAAUGUAAGGGCUUCACACAAAGGAACAAAACCACUUCCACCUCCACCAGAGGUUAUGGAGCAUGACAAUGCGGUUAGAUCAGUCCCUCGAGUGGAAUACAGCGAGAAAAGUGAAACAACAGCUCGGGUUUCAGAGCCGGUAUGCCCCAUUUGCUUGACGAGUCCAAAGGACAUGGCUUUUGGCUGUGGCCAUAUGACAUGCAAGGAAUGUGGUGUGGCUGUGAAGACAUGUCCUAUGUGCAGACAACCCAUAACGACGAGGUUGAGGCUUUAUAGUUGAAUGUGUUAAGCCCAGGGGCAGAGCCAUGGCAUCAUGGCAUGGCUCUGAUUGAAACUGCGAUUAGCCUUCCUCCAUGUACAGUGUCAGUUUGUAUCAAAAACAAAGAACAAGUGCCCAAAUCAUAUGCUGAUGAGGCCGUGUAAGCAUUCUGUGUAGACUGUAAUGGAUUUCGUUGGAUCCAACUGGAAAUGACAUUCGUUUUCAGAUCAGAAUGUAACAGUCAUGUGACAAAACCCUGAAAAAGCCAAACACUUCGAGAAGCAA